GAGGAACGACCUAAAUUAUGGUUAGAAUUAAUAACAUUCUCGGUUGAUAAUCUGGCAAAUACGGCCGGAGCCUGGAGCAAUAAAAGAGGGCGACGAACACCGGCCACCUGGAAUCCGACGACGACGACUGACCCUGCAAGCCAACAGCACCAGGUGCUAUAUAGCUGAGGUUGAAGAUGAGGAUACAUGUGGUGGUGAGCGUAGUGCUGGUGGCACUGGCAGUAAGCUGCCUCGUGCCUGGCACACACGCCCAAGGGUGGGAAGCUGUGGCCGCCGCCGUCGCUCAGAAGCUCGUCGGGCUGUUUAGGAAUGAGGAGGUGGAGCUUUUGGGCCGCAUUUGUAAGCUGACGGUGAAGCCGUACAUCAAGAGGUUUCAGCUGUAUCACAAAGGCACGAUGUCGUGCCCGGGCUGGACCCACAUCAAGGGUGAAGGUGACACCCGGAGCGCAAGUGGAGUGGCGAACAAGACAAUACAAGACUUCGUCAGAAAGGCGUUUGCCAGUGGCGUCAUACAGGAAGAGGAGGCCCAACAUUGGCUCAAGUCCUAAGGUCUCCCGCCUCGCACACUGACCAGAUGUUGUUGUUGUUUAAGAUUUGCUACCUGGAACAAAAGUUCCAAGCAGCACGGGCUAUGGUGAGCCCGUAGUGGACUUCUUAUUUCACUGACCAGCGUCACUAUUUCUCGCCAUCCUUUGGCCAGAUAUAGAGCGAUUUGCAAUAUAUUUCAACUUGCUAGGCCAACUUCUUUUGGCCUAGCAAGUUGAACUUUACAACAAUAAUAAUAAUAAUGUUAUUUACAAAAUAUAUACGAGAACAUGAUACGGUUGUUAAUCAGAAGGUACACAAAAUUGAUAAUAAUAAUAAUAAUUAUUAUUAUAAUAAUAAUUCAUAUGUUAAUUCAA